AUGGCUCAAGUCGCCCCGGUCCUCUUCAAGGGCUAUAGUGUUCUGAGGAGAACAGCGCCGAAACUCAGGCAUGCUAAGAACUGGGAGAACUGGUGUCUUCCUCUGGCGGGUCUUUUAUGCUCCAGUGCUCCAGAAGAUGAACUCAGAAAAUCUGUUGUUAACAUGGGAGAUGAAUUUGUCUCCAAAGGAUGGAUCUAUGCAGCACAUAUCUGCUACGUGUUGGCACGCAUGGAGCUGGGAUUACGUCAUCAAUUUCACUUGAUUGGAUGUGAUGGUUUAAAUGUACCACACAAGAAUACAGCCAAGAGGGAGGCUAUUGAGAGAACUGAGGUCUAUGAGUACCUGCUGUCUCUGACCUCAGGGUCCGGCCAGAUAGUCUUCCAGGAGUUCAAAUUCCUUCAUGCCUACAUGCUAGCCAAAGCUGGACUUCAUGUUCAGGCUCUUGAGUACUGUGAGAUCAUCGCUACAAUGGUCCUCAGAUUUCCUCGCUGUGUCAGUGGGGGAACCGUAAAGGUGGCUAUAGAGCUCUGUGAGAAGCUGCUUCAACAGAAGAAAGAAAAAGAACCUGAGUGGCUGUUAAAAUUUCAGCAGCUGCUCCAAGACGGUUCAGACUUUUCUAGCUCCGGUUCUCUGGAUAGCCCUGAGUUCCACCCUUCAGAUCACGAUGAGUUUGAUUCCCGGUACACUAUGGGAGAGAUGCUGGGGAGAGGAGGCUUCGGCUCUGUCUACGCUGGAGUCCGUAAGGCAGAUGGGAAAAAGGUUGCCAUUAAAUUUGUCCUCAAAUAUUUCGCCACAGACUUCCUCACCAUCCCUGGAGAGACAGACAGCCUGCCUAUGGAGGUGGCAUUAAUGAAGAUGGUGUCCACGCCUACUCGCUGUGACAAUGUGGUGGAGCUGCUGGACUGGUUUGAGACGUCCGAAUCCUUCAUCAUGGUGCUGGAGCGACCUGACCCCUGCAUGGACCUGGCCCAAUUCAAGAGAAAUAACAACCGCCGGGUGCCUGAAUCGGUGGCUCGAAAGGUCAUGCGGCAGGUGGUUCAAGCCACUCGUCACUGCAGCGAUCGUGGAGUUUUUCACAGCGAUAUCAAGUGUGCAAAUAUUCUGAUUAAUCCGGACACGUUGGAGGUGAAGUUGAUCGACUUCGGCUGCGGUAAUUUGCUAACGGACGAGCCCUUUAUGAGCUAUGCAGGCACUCCAUAUUAUUGGCCUCCUGAGUGGGUACUGGACAGAAAAUAUUUUGUUGUUCCUGCUACCAUCUGGAGUCUGGGUCUGGUCCUGUUUGACCUGGUCUGCGGAACCCUGCCCUUUAAUAGUGAUGAGGAGAUUACCAAGGGCUGUCUGAAGUUCGCUCCUGAUGUGUCUACUGAGUGCCGUGGCUUGAUAAAGUGGUGCUUGGAUAAAGAACCUGAAGGGCGGCCAAGUUUUGAUGGAAUCCUGAGACACGACUGGUUUAAGGAGGGAUGUGAGACCACGGUGUAG